AUGACACUAGUCACAGAAAUGUUAGUGUCUGGGAGAAAGAGAAGAGAAGAUCUAUGGAUGCAUUUUACAUUUGAUGCUAAGGAGAACAAGACCCUUUGCAAACCAUGUGGAGUGGCAAUCACUGGUAAAAAUACAACAAACUUGAAGCGUCAUUUGCAGAUGAGUCAUCCCGAAAUUCAUACAAAGAUACAGAAAACAUCCAAUGAUGGGCCAAGUCAAGCCAGUGCACCACAGCAAAAUAUUUACACAGCUCUUGUAAGUGCUUCAAAAUACAAAAUUGACUCUAAGGAACAACAGGCCAGGGAGGAUGCCAUAGCAAAAUGGAUUGGGCGCACUGGAUUACCAGUCAGAACGAUUGAAGAUGAGGACUUUGUUAACAUGAUGGCGACCGUAGAUAGGAGACUGAGUGUUCCAAAGAAAACUAAAAUAAAUAAUCUGAUUGACAAACAUUAUGAAGAUGAAAAACAAAAAUUCAAAAAGAGACUGGCUGCUGCCCGGAGAGUAUCUAUUUGCACUGAUUUGUGGACAAAAAAAGGACUAACAGCUUCAUUCCUUGGUAUAAGUGCGUGCUACUUUUGUGUUGACCAAAAUAAAGCUGAUCACAUAUUGUUGGCCCUUGAACAAGUAGCACACCCACACACUGCACAGUCAAUCAAAUCAUGUGUGGACAAAUGCUUGCAAGAGUGGGACAUACCAAAGAAGAAGAUCCUUACAGUGAUAACAGACAAUGGGAGUAAUAUGGUGGCAGCAUUUAAACACACCACAGCAGCAGCAGAAGAACCACCCAGCUUUAGUGAGGAAGACUCCCCCAUAACGGAAAGUGACUCUGAGUCGUCUGAGUCUGAAAUUGAUGAUUUGCGGUACCAACAGAUCGACAUGGACCGGACACCGUGUGUGGUGCAUACCUUACAACUUGUGGUCCACAUGGUGCAGAAGGAGGCAAGUGUUAAGAGAAUCCUUGAUAAAGCAAGGUCAGUAGUGAAACUCUUCCGCAAGUCUUCCGUUGCAACACAGAAGAUAUUGGAGCAGUGUGGCCUUAUUGUUUUAAAUGACUGCCCCACACGCUGGUCAAGUACAUUCAACAUGAUCGCACGACUCAUCAAAGUGAAAGACUCGGUCUGCCAAAUCGCAAACAACAUGGGAUGGGACAGCUUUCUCCCUAGUGAAUGGCAAAAGCUCACAUCAUUGCAUGAUCUACUGCUGCCAUUUGCAGAACAUACUAAAACCCUCCAGAGUGACACCAUGUCCAUGUCCCUGGUUGUCCCUGCCCUCUUUGAUCUGCUCAGUCACCUUGAUGACUUUAAACAGAACACUAGCUACCAAGACCUUGCCACAAUUGCACAAAAAAUGAAAGGGAAUGUAAACCAGCGUUUUGCUUCAUUCUUAGAUACAACAGAUGAAAGGUUCUCCCCACUUGCAGCUGCUGCUUGUUUUGUCAACCCUACUGUCUGUGAAACCCUUGUUGAUGUGGCUGAUGAAAAUAUUCAGGAACUUCUUAAACAGGCAGAGGAGUAUGUGAUAAGAAAAUCAGCAUUGCCCCACACACAAGAUGAGGAUCUGUCUGAAGAAGAUGAUGCACUUGCAGUUGCAGAAGAGGAGAAUAUUGAGAAAUCAAAGGAAGAAGCCCCACCAUCCACAUCAAAGCACAGAGUCUUUCGGUUUCUCUCAAAAUGCCGCAGAAGACCCAGGCAGAGGACCUCCCCAAACAGCAUAGAGCAGCAGAUCAGAAAAUAUAGGGAGGAAGAGCUUUUGCAACAACCCAUCACUGAUGACGACACUGGAACAGAUUUUUGGCUGUCAAAGAAUGAUACUUUUUAUCACCAGUUAAAACCUUUUGCAUUAGACCUGUUGGCUAUGCCAGCUUCUCAAGCCUUUGCAGAGAGAAUAUUCAGUGUCACAGGUGACCUCUCUCGAGGCCGGCGGAAUAGAGCAAGGGUCAUAUUGGCACGAAGUGCUUUCCUUAAAAUGAAUCGAAACAAAUAG